CCGGAUAUGUUGAGUUCGAAGCUUGCUGGAUUCCUUCUUCUUCUUCUUCUCUGUGUGGUAUGUGUUGCCGGCAGCGGGAGCAGUAGUUUCAGUGAUUACAAUCUAUUGCGAAAAAGUCCUCAUGAAAAGAGUGUCGUCACAAAACGGCCUAAAUUUCCCAUAGUGCCUUCUGACUCACUUCCUGUCAACCUGAACGAGAAACCCGACAAAAAACACGAUCCGAGGGCUGAAAACCUAAAACCGGAGAUUUUACGCAAACUACUCGGACGGUUUUUCAUCGAGGAAUUCAUGUCCGUCAAACGACCGAACGAAAGUAUAACAAAGCCUAACGGGACCCUCGCCUUGCGCUUUCAGAGGGGUUACCCUGUAGGGAGACGGCCCCCAUUUCUAGCUCGAUUCGGGCGCAUUAAUCUCAAAGAUGAAACCGGGAGACGUUUCCGGCAGUUGGAUUUGAACGUUGAGACAGAAGCGAAGAGAAAAGUGGCUAAGUUUAUCCGGACUUACACAUAUUGUCCCGUCAUAUAUACAUGGAAGGACCUGGGUAUACGCUUCUGGCCCCGCUGGAUCAAAGAAGGCCAGUGUCACCAGCGGGGACGGUCGUGUUCUUUACCGCCGGGCAUGCGCUGUAAACCUAGCUAUUCACAAACUAUUAUUCUACUUCGUUUCCAUUGUUGGCCCGAUGCUAAAAUCUGUAACUGGAUUCAUGCCCAGUAUCCUAUAAUUAGUGCCUGUAAAUGUAAAUGUUAAUUAGCUAAUCAAUAAAACAAAAACAAACAUUAAAAUGAACGGAGAAAAAGUAAAGAUCGAACACAUAUUAACCUCUUCCCAUCAUACUCAACACCCCACGUUGUUAUACACUGAUGAUAACAACGCAGCAUCAGUCUUCACGCUUCAUCCUUCCUCUUUCAACAAGUUUACAGUUGAACCUAAGACAUUACUGAUAUUUAGAAUACACUGGCCAAACUGGACAGAGUUUAGCAAUUGUAUUCAUCGAAAUUCACCACUGACUAAAAUUUGUUGACCUAAAUUCACCCCUGAUCAAAAUAUGUUAACCUAAAUUCACCCCUGGUUAAAAUGUCCUGAUCAAACUUCGCAGAGGGUUAAAAUAUAUUGGCCUAAAUUUACCAUUGGUUAAAGCGUGUUGACUUAAAAUUCACCCUUGGUUAAAAUAUUUUGACCUAAAUUUACCCCUGGUUAAAAUAUUCUGACCUAAAUUCACUCCUGGUUAAAACAUUUUAACUUAAAUUCAUUCCUGGUUAAAAUAUUGUGACCGAAAUUCACCCCUGGUUAAAAUAUUUUGAUUGAAAUUCACCCCUGGUUAAAAGAUUUUAACUUAUAUUCAUUCCUGGUUAAAAUUUUGUGACCUAAAUUCACCCCUGGUUAAAAUAUUUUGACCUAAACUCACACCUGGUUAAAUUAUGUUGACCCAAAUUCACCCCUGGUUGUAUUCUAAUGUUAAUACUUCACGAACACACUUUUACCCCUUUCUUUUUCAAUUCAUUUACCCCAGUUUAGCAUCUGUAAAAAAUUCAACUAUGUAUUGGUAACUCUACAAAAUAUGCACACACAAUUUUCACCACUGGACUAAAAUGUGUUGACCUAACAUUACGACAGCUUAAAAUUCGUUGACCAACAAAUAUAGCUGACUCCGGUAUAAUGACCUAUUUUAAUAAACACACUCCAUAUAUUUAUACUAAAUAUAUCAAAAUUUUUACUUAAGUUAACCAUUGAUUAAAAUUAUUUGGACCAGAAUUGGCUAAAAUGUGUUAGCCCAAGUUAACCCCUGGUUAAAAUAUGUAUUGUCCUAAACUGACCACUGGUUAAAAUGUGCAGUGAACAGACUCCACAGACAUUUAAAAUAUAUUGGCCUCAAUUCACACAGGCUUAAAUUUACCACUGCUAAAAAUGUUGACCUAAAUUUACCCCUGGUUAAAUUACGUUGACCCAAAUUCAUUUCUGGUCGUAUCUUAACUUUACCAUUUUGUGAAUAAACUUUAGACGCACUUUAAAAAAAAAAAACUCAUUCAUGAAAGUUUAUUACCGGUAAAAACUCAAUUACACAUUGGUAACUACGGAAUAUGCUCACACUAUUUUUAGCACUGGAUUAAAAUGUGCUGCCCCAGGUUAAAAUUCGUUGAUCCACAUUUUCAGUUAACCCAAUUGUACCAAUGUUGGCAUUCAUUGACCUAAUUUAAUGACCACGCUUCAUAUAUUUGUACCAAAUAUAUAAAAUUCAUUGACCUAAGUUUACAACUGGUUCUGGUUCAAACUAUUUGAGUUAGAAUUACCAUUGGUUGAAAUGUGUUAGUCCAUGCUUAAAAUAUAUCCAUCACUGGUUAACAUUUCUUUGUUUAAAUUCACCCUUGGUUAAAAUGUGUUAAUUUCAAUUCACACAGGGUUAAAUUUCACCCAUGGUUAAAACAUUGACAAUAGAUUUUUCUAUACAACCAUGCGAUUGUAUAGCGAGCCUUUGAACAUGAAAGAAAAUAUGAUUGCCCUAAAUAGAAAACAGAAUUGACCCCUAAGCCAUUUGCGAUAAAGGAGAAAAAUAUGACCCCUUUUUUUAUGUAUCAAGGACAACUGAAUAAAACUACACUCCAGCAUUGCAUGACACAGAGGGACAAAGUUUGGCUCUGGUAAUCAACAAUCACACCUAUAAAUGUUUGUAAAGCAGUGGUCAGUGAUAAAAGACGAAAGAUAAAAGACUGUAAUGGUCAAUGAUUAAGGUGUUGUGAUUAAAAUCAAUAAUUAUUGGUGACGUCUAAUCCGCCUGAGACCGCCAUCUGGUUUUCUCAUUUGAACUUCUUCGUUUUAAAGUGAUUUAAAUUUUAAAGAAAUAAAAGAAAAAAACAAAACAAAACCUUCCAUUAAAAUUUUAUGUUAAUUUAUGUU